AUGGCUAGCCCAUCAUCUUCUGCCACGACUCCUUCCCCAGUUCCUCAGGCUCCUCUCUCGGGCACAGUCGUUCUCAGUCCCCUCUCCAGCCAAUCUACCGAGCCUGAUCAACGAAAGCGUGCGAUUGAGAAGUUCAAGGCCCGUGCAGAGAUAUCUAAUGUAAGCAUUCGAGACGCGUCUUGGCUCAUUCCCCCCUACCCCCGCGACAACCGACGAUGCCUCCUCAACCGCGCUUUUUCGGCUACCCCCUUCUUCCUCCAUCCCUUGCUCACCGAUUACACGAUGCUGACUGUUGCUCAGAUAACCCGUAGCCUUCGGACGCGUCUCUCUUAUGCCUCAUAUAAGGCAACCCACAACAUUGCCCAUAUGCCCCUGCGCGACCUCGAGGUUCAAUCACAGAGCCAAAUUCAGGUAUAUGCGCGCACCAUGGCCGCCAAACGGAAGGCCUCGGCGUCUGCCGCAAGCUACCCAGGCCAAUCUCCUGGCGGGAAUAACUACUACAACAACCCAGCGACCCAGGGAUCUGCCUCUGGCUCGAUGCCUCUUCGUCGACCUGGUUCAACGUCGGGCCAAAUAGUUGCACCGCCCUCCGCGGCCAAGUACUAUCCAACGACAGCCGGUGGAAGCGGAACGGAUUCAACGCGUCCCCAGACCCUCUUCACGUCCAUUCUCGCUCCCCCACCUGCUCAACAAGCCAGGACAAUCUUAAAUGCCAACGACCCACCACUUACAGCAUCUUCGAGACCACCAGCCUCGCCACGAACACGCCAAAGCAAGGUGGCAUCCCGCAGCAUUGCCGAGGGCACACGCGCCAGUCAUAAGAGCCGGACAGACGAAAAGCUCGAAAAGCGGAAAGCAAAGCGCUCCCUCGACAAGGGAAAACAGAAACAACGGCGCGUCAACGAAGUCGAUGCUGAUGGUGAUGUGGAUAUGAAGGCAGCAGCAACCCUGACUUCCCUCCUUCUCAACAGUCGGCCCUCGAUUGGAAGCGCGUCAUCACCCCGCUCCAGUCUAGACGAGUCAGACAAUGGCUCAGCGCAAUCGUAUUCUCACUUUGCGCAAAGUUCAGCCAGGCACGUGGGGUCAAAUGCUUCACAGCCUUCGGCGUCGACAGUCCCCGAUGUCCAUCGAGCGAGUGCAACCCCUCCACCUCAAACAGGAACCCCGAGAGCUGGUCCCUCAGAUAACGAGGCGGCUGAUUUGAUGUUGUUCUUGGCAACAUCACCGUCACCUGUUCGGAAAGGAGAUCAACGCGACCUGGCUGCGUAUCGUGCUCUCAAUGGCUCACGGCCAAAAGGACGCGUCCUUUUCCCCACCGCUGGAAGCAUGGCUGAUGCAGACGGCGCCCCCAAGACACUAAGUCGUGGAAUGGAUAGUUUCACGUCAAGUGUCUCGAGUAUUGGAGGUGAAAUGCGUGGCACAACGCCAGGCAACUCACGCACGUCGACUCCUGUACCGACAACCGCAAUUGCAGUGGCGCCGGUUCCUCGAGCCGUUGUUCCGACCCCGGCUCAAUUAUUACCGCCUCCGACAAUGCCACCAGUCAGACAAGAAAGUCCGAAGUUACCUCAACAACAGGAAUUCAACUACAACGAGUAUCUGCAUCCUUCCCCUGUCCCAGCCGCCCCUCAGCGAACUGGGUCAGCCUCGAUAACACAAAAGCAAAACUUGGGGCUCCGAGCAGAUGUUGGCAGGAAGUUGUUCGAGGAGGAACAGAUGCGCCAUCAUGCCAUGACGAUGAACCAAAGCUCGGGCAAACCAAGGGUGGACGAUCGUACGCUCGGCGCCGGAAUUGAUCUCAUUCAAAGCUCAAGUUAA